UUUGAGUCAUUUUAAUAGUUUGGGGGGGAAGUUGGUCAUAUGGAGAAAGUUGCAUUUGAACUGCCCACUGUGUACAACCACAGUCUUGAGUUUGGGUUGAGGAUUCGUCCAAAAUAGAGAUGAGGAAGUGAGAGAGACACUGCCAGAAAGCCAAGGUUUUAUUCUCUGCACUCAUUAGAAUCAAUUAAAAUCCAUUCGGCAUGUGGAAAGCAGGAUUCGUUUGUUUCUGCGUCUACACAGCCUGUUUACUGGAUGUUUGCUAUGCUGAGAUCGGAUAUGAGGGGAGCCACGUAACCUUUAAAGCCAUUUACACACCGGACUACAAGACAGACACCAAAUACUUCGGCAAACAUGGUGCUUUCUUCUUUGAGAAACUGGUUGAGACGUCUCAUCCCAACAGGUGUGUGAAACAGGGGCGAUUCUCUCUAUUCGACAACACGUCUGCUUGCGUCCUCACCGCCACCAUCUUGAAUCUGGUCCUGGAGGAUUCUGGCUACUACUCGUUCGGUGUGGAUAUUACACUGAUGCCUGAUCCUACAGGGGAAGAAAUACAACUGACUGUCAUAAGAGGUGAAGCAAAGAGACCAAGCACAACACCAGCACCGACACCGAAAGUGAUCGUCUCCAGCACGAGCAGUCCUGUGAAUAUCACAGCACAGAACUGGGCCAGAACUAGAGAUCAGGAAUCUUACGUCAGGUUCGUGACAGUCUUGAGUUUGUUGUGUGUUUGCACACUUCUGGUUGUGUGUCCAUUCGGUCUGUUUAAAGUUUUAAAAUGUGCCACCGCCUCCAAGCUGUCGGUGUCUGUGUCUUAUCACCGGAAGACAACAGCUCAAGUUGUUGAUGAGUAUGUGAAAAUGAGCUCGGUCGUCUUUACAAACCCGCCCACGGCUCGAAGUGAUAAAGGUUCAGUUAUCCCAGAGCUUCAUAGGCCUGCAAACACAGAGCCGGAUCCCAGCACAGACGCCUGCUGCACGGAUGCUGUGCAACCAGAUUUGGAUCAGAUCUACACCGAAAUGAACCCGGAUGUUGUUCAAGAGUCAAUUUAUCAGAGUAUUGAUCAGACUACUGACUGACCAAAACAUCCUCAUCAACAGCUUGACAAAAUCAAAGUUUCUUUUUCCUGCAACAGUUACAAUAAGGUGCAUCACUGCAGAUAUCUCAAGAGGAUGGAGAGACAAAAAUAGAAUUAAAGAAUUCAUCACACCACACAGGAGGAAGGUGAAGUGUACCCUGGAUUUCACACAGUGUUUAGCUU